CGUCGCGCAUACCUUCUCUCAACUCGAAUGAAGACUCAUUCCGCAUUCGGCGUACAUCGCGGAGCAACGGACGUCUAGUUUGAACUGAGAAUUAUAUUGUGCGCCUUUUUUGAUAGCAACUUAUUAACAGACUUUAAUAUUUUCGUGUUUUGUUUAAUAAUACUCGUGCACACUUGAAUUGUCACAAUGGCCACAGAAGUUGUAAACAACGUCCCGGACAACACGGCAAAGGAGAAGGAGCUCAAAGAGGACGCGCCGGUUGACAAUUCCCAAACAAAAGAGGAGGCGCCUACCUCCGGUGAGAAGACCGAGGAAAAAAUAGAAGACAAGAAGACAGAGGGUCAGUCCAAACCUAACAUUCACAAAAUGAACUACCAGCAAGAUGUCGUCUACCUGUAUCAAUUCUCGAGAACUCCUUUGUUGCCGUCUACCUCACCAUACUGCUUGAAAGUUGAAACAUGGCUUCGUUUGGCCGGCAUCAAGUACGAGAACGUAGACCACAAGGCGAAGUUCAGGUCCAAGAAAGGGCAAUUGCCUUUCAUCGAGCUGAACGGAGAAGAGAUUCCGGACAGCGCCUUAAUCAUCAAUAAGUUGUCUGAGAAAUAUGAAAAGGACCUCGACGCAGCUCUCUCGGCGGAGCAGCGUGUCGUCACCCACGCGAUGAUAUCCAUGAUAGAGAACCACCUGUCUUGGGUGAUCUUCUGGUGGCGCGCCAAGUACCCCGACAGCGUCAUCAAGGGCUACCAAGUCAACCUGCAGAACGCGCUGAACACUCGUCUUCCCAACGCCAUACUGAACUUCUGUUACAAAGUCACAUCUGGACGUAAGGGAAUGAAGAAAGCAAAAGCCCACGGCAUUGGUGUCCACAGCCAGGAAGAGAUUAUCGACUUCGGCAAGAACGAUCUGCGCGUGCUCUCCGAUUUGCUUGCUGACAAGCCGUUCUUCUUCGGAGACUCGCCGACUGUGCUGGACGUCGUGGCCUUUGCAAAUCUGGCUCAGCUGCAUUUCAUCGACAAGGAAGUUUCCCACCCGCUCCGCGAUGCGAUGAACGAGUUGUUCCCGAAUCUUGUCGGCCUCGUGACUCGUAUAAAGGAACGCGCCUUCCCCGACUGGGAGGAGAUAUGCGCUGUCGAGGUCGCCGUGCCAGCGUCCAAAAAGGAGAAGGACGCUAAAGAGACUAAAGAGGGAACAGGACAACCUGAGAAACAGCCCCUCACUGAUGAGCCUGAGAAAGAAAAGGAUGAAAAAGAAAAAGAACUCGAGAUGGAGCCAGAGGACAAAGAAAACGAGAAAGAGAAGGAGAAGUAAACAACGGCACCCUAACCAUCAAUUCAUUGUAAAUUAACGGCGUUAUCACCGGAACCGUAUUUAACGUCGCCAUACUGACAAGUUUAAUAAUUGGAGAGUCUCGGCCGAUUUCACCGCCUUUGAUUUGAUAUUUAACCUUUAAUUAGCCGUCAAUAUAGCUAGCAAGGCGGUUCCUAGCUUCUAAAAUUGGAGACGGUGAAACUGGCUUGAGACUGACACAACUGUACAUUAUAACAUGUAAAUCCAUUUGUCUUUCCCAUUUCUUUGAUUUCUCAAGCGUUAUUCGUCAGUUAACUGCGCUCAUCGAUUGAUAUUACAUUGGUGUUGUGUCGUGUUUAAGUCAUUUAUUAAGGUUCUGUAUUUGUUAGUUGACCAUUAAAAUUUGUAAUUCAUUUCACAUAAUUAAGUACUCUGUUUUAGCUACAACAUUAGAUCGUAUAUUCCGGAAUACUAUAAUUAUUAAGUAUCUAUAAGAAAGGAACUCAAUUAAGCUUCUAUAAUUGAGUAACUUAGCAUAUAAUUAUGAAUAGUUUAUCCAUUUGUAUUGUAAGUUUUGGCGGUGGGUUUGUAGUGACCGCCGUCUUCCUUAGGGAGCAUCUCAUGACUAUUCACAUUAGUUGAUCAUAGCAGUAGUGCGUGUAACCUAUAUAUGAGCGUACAUACUCAUUAAUCAUAUUUAGGCUAAUUAAAAUGUUGUGAAUUAAAAUGAUUAAUUAGUAGUUUAAAUGAUACCAAAAAAUUGGCUGAUUUUGUAGACAGUUUGAAUGUUAUUGUGGAGUUUUGAGCGUUGGUGAGCAUUUUGGACUGUUUUGUGAAAAUUUAUUGGUUUAUACAAAAACGAUAUAAAAUUUACAUUUUACAAAUUUUUGAUAGAAAAGAAACAUCCAGGAAGACUGUUUAUUAAAAUAUGUUAUUGUAAUAAUUGAUAGUCCGUAAAUGUUUUGAUAUUAUAUUAUAUGUUAAGGUUAAGAUUGUACUCAACUUUUAUAUAAUCAUAGUAGGUCCGCGUCGGAGCAUUAUAUUACGACUCCGGCGCAUAUCUAGCGAACUCUAUAUUUCCAAAACAUUCCAUGCGUCCAUGCAGUUUAUAGCGCCAACGCCUUCAUCAUAACUCAAUAUUCACCAUCAGAAGUUAUUAAAAGUUAAAAACGAUAGCUUAUCAUCGUAUUCGUAUCAUUCAUUCAAUAUUAAACCGGAGUGUGUGCUCUUUAUAAAGAUAUAUAUUUCGAUCUAUAAACUGAUCUUAAAUUUAAUAUAGGGCCUCGUUUACCACGUCCACGUGAAGCGUUGAUUAGUAACUACCCCACUCAAAAUUAAUUGGCAACUAAAAGUUAUGAGUAGGUAUCUACUGUAAAUUUCAAGUGAUCACAUUGUUAAGUGUGUGAUGGUUUGACACGAAGAUUUUUGAAGUUAUACUUCUUAAUGAAUAAAUGAUGAGAGUGAUGCGCGCGCAUCACUGAAACACAAAGGUAACAGGUUGAAGUUGGUUCCUAAAAUUUUCUGACGUUUGCGUCAUUCGUUAUUUUUUUUUUUGGUUUCUUUGUCCAUUAUUAGUAUGGGUAAAGGGUUCAAGCCCAUACAGCCGUAUUCAUUAUUUAAUAAUAAACUGUCAAAGCCAUCUUUACUACAAGAUUUUUGUAAAAUUGUUCUUUUUAAAAAAACAUAGAAUGGCACGAGGAAUAAAUCAUUUUAAUGAUUUUUGCUUCGUUAGGCCAAAGAAUCAUAACUUCUUGCGUACAUUCAUAAGUUUACACACACUUUUUUUUGUUUGUGGGUUAACUAAACUAAGUUAUUAUGGAUAAAGUUAAAAAAAACAACGCGACGAACAUUACAUGGAUGAUUAAAUCCAACUGUCAAUAAUGACAAUAAAUCGAUUUUCGAUUAUUUUAUUUUCAAUAACUGUUGAAAAGCACAAAACGAUAACGAUGGCAUCUCCGUGGAGUGUUUAAGUGUAAAGUCACCCGUUAAUUGCCAGAGGAUGUAAUUGAACUACGGGUCACUUAAUCUUAUGAUUAGUGUUGCUUGAAUGUCGUGAAAUUCGCACGUAAUGUUACAGGUGACUUUAACCAGUGAUUAAGCUACUUGAUGCUUUACAUGUGGGUGGUGAAUGUGGCCCUUAGAGUUAUUAAGAAUACCACCAGCUGUACUAUUGUUCAUAAAGUUGCUUCGCAGACAUCAAUCAUUGUACCAUUGUACUCAUUUGAUCAUUACCUCUAUCAACGGAAGUCCGUCAACCCUCAUAUUCCAGAAAAUCGGAGUGUUUUAAACACAUGUCCCAAACCCGAGAGUCUCAGAGUGACGCAGCGUGAAUAUAUCUGUGUCGUAUCGCAUUACGCCACGCCUUAGGCCAUUUUGUGUCGCUUUACAACUCAGAUAAUAUUCAAGCGUCACGCCAGGUUGGUCCAUCUGUUCAAGCACUCACUCGCAGAAAAGUGUUAUCACCUGUCAAUAAAAUUGCGCCGCUUCUUCUCUCUCGGAGCACCAUUUGUUUCCAAAGCGGUGCUAGCAUUAGAAAUGACUUCAAAAAGAAUUCUAAAGGAAUGAAUUUUGUCAAAAUAAAUACCUUAAAAAUAGGAAAUUGCAGCCGUUUUCCUUAGUUCUAUUAAUGCUUAUUACUUGAUCAACUUAGUACCAGUGGGAGGCUCCUUUGCACAGGAUGCCGGCUAGAUAAUGGGUACCACAACGGCGCCUAUUUCUGCCGUGAAGCAGUAAUGUGUAAGCAUUACUGUGUUUCGGUCUGAAGGGCGCCGUAACUAGUGAAAUUACUUGGCAAAUGAGACUUAACAUCUAUGUCUCAAGGUGACGAGCGCAGUUGACCCAUUACAAUGCAGUGCCGCUCAGGAUUCUUGAAAAACCCCAAAAAUUCUGAGCGCCACUACAAUAUAAUGGGCAUGGCGUAUCAAUUACCAUCAGCUGAACGUGCUGCUGGUCUCGUCCCUUAUUUUCAUUUAAAAAAAAAAUUUAACUGAGGGUCUACCGGGCUUCUUGCUCAUACAUCAUCCAUAUCGCCAUCAUCCAUAUCGCCAUCAUCCAUAGCGCCAUCAUCCAUAAUCAUUAUAAUUUUUUAUAUCUCCACCCCCAUUUUCUUUAUCGUUAGACAGUAUUGUAGAGUAGUCACACAUUAUUAUUGCAGUGUUCUACAGUGAUUGAUGUUCUGUGAAGCUUUUAUUUUUUAUUUUUAGGAUACAACUGUGUUGUAUUUUAUUAUCAAAUUCUGAAACUUUGUAGUUGUUAAGAAUAUGACAAACUACAAAGUUGUAGAAUAGUUGAUUAAUUGUAAUUGUAUACUUUAUUAGUCAUCAAGGGUCUUGAAUGAAAUUAAUUUUCCAUGAUUUAUUCAUCUGAUCAUCUCCUUUCUAUUGUCACCGGUUCAUCAUAUAUUUCACACCUUUGAUGACAUGAAUUUUGAGAACAUAAUUUAAUAUUGUUAUGUUUAAUGCAAAUUUAAUUAUUAUUUCUUCAUUAACUUGGAUAGAUGCAUCCAUUCACCGAUAAUUCAUGAUCUAUUAUCAUCAUUUCAUGUUCAUCAUUCGGUUCAUCAUAAAUUUCACAAACAUCAGUGAUGUGCUGCGUACGGUGUCCAUUUGAUCAUCACUUGUUUUCGAGAUAGUCGGUAAAUGUCCUGUGGUAUGUAUGUACCAGUGGUAGGCUCCUUUGAACAGGAUUCUGGCUAGAUUAUGCGUACCACAACGGCGUCGAUUUCUGCCGUGAAGCAGUAAUGUGUAAGCAUUAUUGUGUUUCGGCUUGAAGGGCGCCGUAGCUGCUAAAAUUGCAUUGUAACGGGCAGGGCCUAUAAAUUACCAUCAGCUGAACGUCCUGCUCGUCUCGUCCCUCAUUGUCAUAAAAAAGACCUAUUUGCUAUGUCAUUUCAUCAUUAUAGCAAGUUGUACAGCAAUUGAAUAUUUGUGGCCUAUUUCAACAUCUGCAGGAUGUUUUAACUAGAUAUAUGCGGGUAAUAAGUUUUCCGGGCAGCUCAAUAAAAGCUAGAGCGUGCAAUUAACACGCUUGCUCGGCCAGAAACUAAACCAAAUAGAUUUCUAUAGAUGACCAUCGCUCAGAAUAAAUCAACAAUUAAAAAUCAAGGAUCAAGAUUGUACAUGUUAAUUUACCGAUAAUUUUUUUAAAUAGUUUAACAAUACAACAAUAUUACUACUAAGCCACUUAGAGCUUAUAAAUGAUAUAUUUGAUAUUUGUAAUAAUUUUUGGGUCAACUGAAUUACCUGGCACUAAUUGCUGUUAAAAAUUUCUGGUUCCGCCGGCUACCUGAUUCAAACCGGUUCCUAUAUCUAUAGGAACCGGUUUGAAUCAUGUUAAACUAGAUAGUUUAUUACCGACUUUCUCGCUCAUUCUAUCACUCAUCAUCCAUCAUCAUCACAAUUUUUUAUGUCUCCAUCCCAUUUUCACAUCUCAUCAUAACCGUGCAGUAUUCAUUUAUGUAUUUAUCAUUUAUCAUGGGUGAUGAAUAUUAAGUGAUGAUAAUUUUUGAAGCUUUUGAUUCAACAUUUUGCGUUUAUAUGUUUUCGAUCAUGUUUUCCAUGUUCAUGCGUCGUUCUUACGGCCAAAGAAAACACAUCGAGGAAAUCUAUACCUGCGAAUUAGUUCAAAUAUUUAAAAACGGUGAAAGCCUGACUAUUAUAAUACAGUAAAACAAAAGUCUUGUUCGCAAUGUUUGAAACAAUGAUCAAAAAGCGGAAAAUGAAAAUUAUUCGUUUCGUUUUAAAUAUGUGUAUCGUUAGAAGCGCUAAUAGAUGCGAAUCUCAAAUACUUUUCUAAAAUGGAUCAAAAAAUAUUAUGCUCAAUUAAUAUUGAAUUAAUGAUAAUAAAAACGAAUUCAUUAAUAGCUCUUCGUCUAUAGAAGUAAGGAAACAUUAAACUCCUUUCAUGUCAUCUAGUAUUGGCACAAACGUUUUUAUAUUACGUUCAGAUUAAGUUAAACAGUCGUUAGACCUAUAUAGCAGUUAGGAGGGUGAUGCAUGUUAAAUAGAGUUAGAUAUGUUUCUACUCAGGGAACCAUAGAUUUAUUAUAAGUACUCAUGUAAGCGUACAAACAAAUGUUGGUAUAUCUUCAUCUCAGUGGUAUAGGCUGUACGUAAAAUAUUAUAUUCGAAUACGCCGUUAUGCAUAAUGCUUAAAAGUUUCAAGGCCUGUAUGCUAAGGUAACAACGGGAAUGCUCAAUAGAUUCUUUAAUAUUAUUGAAACUUUUUACAACGAAUAACAGACUUGAAAUAUAGAUUUAAGACAACUGACAGAACAGUUCACCAUAGGUGAAAAUACAAAAUUAUAUGACAUUUUAUUUUUAGGAAUUCGGUUCACGAAUAAUCGGGCAAAAUUCUCAUCGAUAUCAUUUUCAAAUCUAAGCAAGCUCCUUAUUGCGUGAUUGGUAUUAUGAGGUGCGCACGCGCAUUCUUGCAUAACGGCAAAAGAAUAUAACUCGGUAUGGUGUAAACUUAUAAUAGAUUUAUGGGAGAGCAGGGCCCAACAGCCUGCAAGGACCGUGGCAUUGAAUAGAAUAAUUUGGUCAUUCGACUUCUUACGUUCUAACUACGGUUUAUUCGGUUCAGUGCGUUUUCGGUCUUCCCUUAGAGUUCCCUUUAUUAUAUGUCACUUAGAGCGGACAUACACAAGCAAAGCAAGCUGACACUCAUUGUCGUACACAUGUCGACCGCUACUGCUGCACUCACUAUGUCUUGAUGAAAAUCAUUGACACCUCGAGCCGCCCGUGUAUUACCGCUCUUAUUGUGCUGACCGAAAUACGCUUUCAGAAAUAUUAUUGUUUAUUCAAAUAUGUUUUAUAAUAUAAAAUUAAAAAAAAAAACCCCAGGUAUGUAUAAUUUGCCGGAUCCGAUCACUAUAUCAUCUUACUCGACUCUGGUUCUGAUUAUGUCAAAAUACUAAUUCUCUCCCGACAUUGAUAACGUUUAUUCCAUCUUAAAUUUCAAAGUGUCCUCCAAGAAACGAAUAAAAUUUUACGAGCAAACUGUUCAUUCUAGUGAUGUUAUAUAAUAUAACAUGUCUCAUCAUAUUUUGUUUCGCAAUAUACUUUACGAACUUAUAUAAAAGGUAUUUUAUACUUCAUUUGUUAUUACUCUCACCGUUUUUCAGGUGAUUUCACCUAAUAAAUAAUUUAUUAGUAAGUAAGUAAGUAAUUUCACAUUGUUAGUUAUGGACGUGCGAUUGUGUCUCUUUUGAUACACAUGUAAGGAUACCGUAGUGGAAUCAGGCGAUCUAUACAUACCUGAUGUCGGCGUAAAAUAUGCAACUAAUGUUAAAAAAGGUUCUAAAUGCCAUUUUAAGUCAAUUCGUUCGAGCAUUUAAAAGACAAUUGACGCACAACUCGUGUGUAGAUACAUGGAGCGUGUUAGGUUCGCUAGAAGGACAUUCUCUCAACUUGUUUCCGUCUAUACCCUAUAUUCUCCUUUUAGAAUAAGGUGAAGUGUAUAUUUGAUCGAAAAUCAACCGUUGUUCACAAAGUAGAUAUCAUAAUAAGUAUUCAGUAGCCCCCGAGAAGCGCGGGGCACGAAUAACUAAAUGAUAUUAGAUGUAAGUAAAAUGUAUGCAUAGAAUGAAUCGUAUUCGAGUCCGAUUUAGAUGUAAGGCCGCGUAAUUGCUGGCUAUUAGCGACAGUAGUGUAGUGGAGUUAGUGUACAAUGUUCAGUUCGUUUUACUGUUUGUUUCAACAUUUUUUGGGGCUUGGUUGACUAAGGUCCCACCCCGCAACCAUGACGAUCACUGCCACUUAAACUCGGGUGUAACGAGUUAAGAUUAAGAGUGUUAGAAUAGGACACGAUGUCGGUAAAUGUGUAUCAUCUAUACCAGAUAAUGGUUAGGUUUUAGUGAGUCGGUGUCGCCUGCCGGGACUCCGCUCAAGUUUACCGCCGCCGUGUAGGUAUAAGUCAUGUCAUCUAUUUCAUCUUACGAGGGGCGAGUCCCGUUUCAUACAUCGAGCUCGUAAACCUUAACAUUAGUAGAACUCGUUUGCGGGCUUUUUCAAUGUUAGGGCCCAACCUCCGCUUAAAUUCUUUAGAUCACAUCCAUGGAACUAGCUAAAUAAGAAUAGGGAUAAGAUACAUAUGACAUUGUAUUUUAGCUUGCUUGGAUUGUCUUCGGAUUGUCAUAAUUUACUUUGACCCAAUUACAAUGGUGGUUUGUUGGAUGGAUGCACGCCAUGUGAUUAUUCUUUGUAUCUAAAAUUUAUUAUUCUGUUGCGUUUUCUAAAGUUAUUUUAAAACUUCAUGAAAUUAUUCAAAUGUGUUUUAAGUUAGCGCUAUUACAAAUUAUUCUUAAUCGUAGCCAUGAGAAUCGUUAUGUAGAACAAUUUAAGAUAUUGAUAAAGGAUAUUUAUAAGAUUUAUAUUAAUUUUUGUAUUCGUCUCUUAUAGUGUCAUUCUCUGUGUUUUGCAAUUAUUGUGUCAAUAUAAUUACUAAUUAUUAAGAAAUAUUGGAAUUAGAUAUUAAUGAUUAGCCAUUUAUUGAUGUAUAUGACAUAAAUCUGAGCUUUCAGUGAAAAUUAUAUUAAUAAGUAAUUCAUUGUAAUAUUCUGUCAACAUUAAAGUAUAUGAUAUUCAA